UGAGAGGUAAGGGUGACAGGAAGAAACUUGAGAGAGAGAGAGAGAAGUCCAACACAGCUACUGAAACAUGUCAGCUGUUGGUUAAGGGGGGCUGAAGAAGAAAAAUAGUUAAUAGGGAAGAGGUGUGAGAGACAGAGAGGCAGGGUCAGGGUGUAUGCAUGCCAGCACGAUGGAGAGACCCUCCUGUCUUCCACGGAGCAGCAAGAUGAACAGCUACAUCACCAACGCCAUCUCUGACUUCUUCUUCAAGUAUGAGACCCCCCGCCAGGUGCUGGUGCAGAACAGGAGAGUGGGGGUCGUGUGCCGAUUGAUUCAGCUGGGGGUCCUGGCUUACAUCAUCGGUUGGGUGUUUAUCUAUGAGAAAGGCUACCAGUCGACAGACACGGCCGUGAGUUCUGUCUUUACUAAGAUGAAAGGGGUGGGCUACACCAUGGUGGAUGGAGAGGAGAGGGUCUGGGACAUGGUCGACUACGUCUUCCCUGAACAGGGAGACUCAUCUUUUGUGGUGAUGACCAACUACAUUAUAACCAAAGGUCAGAAAAUGGGAAAAUGUCCUGAGCUCGCAGAACCCAGGUAUCUCUGCAACUCCGACUCAGACUGUGAAAUAGGGAUAACAGAACGUACAGGACAUGGACAUAUGACGGGGAAGUGUGUGGGGAACACAACCAAGACGUGUGAGGUUGUAGCCUGGUGCCCUGUGGAAGAUGACCGCAAAAUCCCAGAUCCCGCACUUUUGAUGUCGGCAGAGAACCACACACUGUUCAUCAAAAACUCUGUCACCUUUCCAGCAUAUGGUGUUAAGAGGAGUAACCUUGUAGAAGGUAUCGACAAUCAGUACAUCAAGAGUUGUGUGUAUGACCCGACAACGUCCCCACUGUGUCCCAUUUUCAGACUGGGUGACUUGGUACAGCUGUCUGGCUUCAACUUCGCCACCAUAGCCAAAAUGGGCGGGGCGAUUGGUAUCGUCAUUGACUGGACCUGUAACCUGGACUAUGACCAGUCAGAGUGUAAACCGAUCUACACCUUCCACGGUCUCUAUGGAAAUCCCAAUGAGACAGACAUGGCUAGAGCGUCUGUUGGAUACAACUUCCGGUAUGCAAAGCAUUAUAUGGAGGACAAGCAGGAGAAAAGAACGCUUAUGAAAGUGUUUGGGAUUCGAUUCGACAUCAUUGUUCGUUCAGUGGCCAGAAAGUUUGAUAUCAUCCCAACACUAACAGCUAUAGGGUCUGGCGUUGGAAUCUUUGGAGUGGCAACUGUAGUAUGCGAUCUGAUCCUUCUGUAUCUACUACCAAAGAGGGAGUUCUACAACAACAUGAAAUUCAAGGUCACAGAAACAGUAGAGCAGUGCGACAACCUGAGGCUGGGUAUAAACACGUUCAUCUAUUACAUCCCUGACGUCUAUGCAGGACCACAAGUCUCAGCCAAUAUAAUCCUACAACAUAAAGAACCUUUAGACGAGUUCUCGUCAGAAAAAUAAGUAUCCAAGGAGUGAUCCUACAAAGGGUAGAUUCAUGACUCUUGGGCUCCAGACAGCAGAAACAGGUGGAUCCGGCUCCUGCAGAACACAGACUCCAGGCUGUACUGCCAUGCAGAGGACACUUGGACAGGAAAAGACAGUCUCAAACAACAUUCUUCUCUCGUCAGCUCAAUUAUUCAACUGCUAAUUAUUUAUACCUUCAAAUCUUGGCAACAGACCUCAAAUGAUGCUAUCUGUUUAGGAGAUAAACCAAGAUAAAUACAGAAUAUUAUUCUUUCAGAGACAGAAGCAGCCACCCUCCCUAAAAGCACUGUUCUCUCAACAUUGCAGAAUUAGCACUGUGUAUUAGUUGAGUGUUGGUCCAUUACCUCAAAGCGGCAUGGUUUAUAACACAUUUUAGGCAGCCCUUCUACUUUACGGGAGAACCACCAAUUUCCAACUUGAUAUGACCAUUAUAACACAGUUCCAUAACAUUUUUAUAACACGGUUAUAACAGCCCUCUACUUUAUGGUAGCACCACCCAUUUCCAACCUCUUCCAUCGGCACAGAGCCCUCAAUGUUGUCUUCAAGAGACAACACUAGAAUACUCCACUUUGGGUACUCCACUUUGAAAGACACAAUUAUGUAUUUUAGGUUAUAUCUUUCUCUUUAACAGUUUGCAAUUGCCACGUGAAUUCAAUAAACCAUGUUCUGAGUUUAGGUUAUACUCUUGCAUACCCUUUUACAGGUUACUUACAAAAUACAAAAUUAUUCAAAAAUGA